UCGGUCCGACGGUGUGCGCAUUCUGAUCUCUCUUCAAUAUCGAUAAUAAUUAGUUUUCCAAGAAAUUAUAUUUGUAAAAUGCAGACGAAAAUUCACCUACCUACAACAGUGAACGCGGAGGACGGAGCAGAAGCUGAAUUUGCAGAAAAAGAUGCAAGUGGAGGAGUUGUGUCUUUCACUCCAGGUCAAGAACCUCCGAGUGCAACUACAGUAGAUAUAAAGGAAACCAACGCGGAAGAGAGUGGGAAAAUGUGUUCAGGUCCCAGAAUGACCAAGGAGUAUUUAAGGGACCUUUGCAAGAAAAACAAACUGUACCUGACGCCACGGUUAAAUGACACAAUUUAUCUUCACUAUAAAGGUUUUUCUUGUAUUGAGGGUUUGGAGGAAUAUACUGGCCUGCGCUGCCUGUGGCUGGAGUGUAAUGGUAUUCGGAAGAUUGAGAAUCUGGAGCAUCUGACAGAGCUCCGCUGCCUGUUCCUCCAUCAGAACCUCAUUAAUACACUGGAAAACCUGGAGCCACUCAGCAAGCUUUGCACACUCAAUGUCUCCCACAAUUAUAUCAAGGUCAUUGAGAACAUUUCAUGCUUGAGUGAGCUGUCCACAUUGCAGAUCUCACAUAACACACUGGAGAAAGUUUGUGACAUGGAGGAGCUGUCACGCUGUUCCUCCAUCUGUGUUCUUGACCUGUCUCACAACCACAUCAGAGAUCCAGCACUCAUCAGCAUUCUAGCGAAGAUGCCUGACUUGCGGGUGCUAAAUUUAAUGGGUAAUGAGAUCAUCAAAAAAAUCCCAAACUACAGGAAAACUCUGAUUGUGCGUCUAAAGCAGCUGACCUAUCUGGAUGACCGGCCUGUGUUCCCAAAGGACAGAGCAUGUGCAGAAGCAUGGGCAACAGGUGGCUUGGAAGGUGAGCAAAAAGAGAGGGAAUUGUGGCAAUCUAGAGAGAGACGAAAGAUUCAGGAAAGUUUGGAUGCAAUGACUGCGAUCAAAGAGAAUGCUCUGAAAAGGUGGCAAACUCGAGAGCUCCUGGAGAAAGGAAUCAUAGAGCCUCAAAAUACUGCUACUGAUGAUCCGAGCCCUCAAGAGGAAAUUUUGAAAUCUCCACCUCUGCCAGAAAUUGCACCUGCAGAGAGUGACACAUCAAAUUCUUUGCAAGAACAAAAUGAUUUAUCAGCGUCAGAGACAGACCACAUUUUACAAUCAGCAUUUGAUGAGGAGCAGUUUACUCAGCCCACAGUUGAUCAAAAUUAUUCUGGCCAGUCAAAACCAGAGAAACAGACUUCCAUGUCAGCUUCAGAACAGGCUCUCCAACAAUCAUUUGACCAGGACCAGACUGGCAAGUCUGCAACAUGUGAAUUUAAGACCAAAGAGGAGAGGAUUCCAACUCUUUAUUCAGAACAAGAGAGGAAUCACAAAACAAGCUGUUCUCACACAAAAUCAUCACAGUCUAGUGGUUCUGUUUCAAUAACUGGUCCGGGUGCUUUUGUCACUGAACUGAUCACUGAUGAUGAAAUAGAGGCUAUCACCCUGUCAAAUGUACCAUCAUUAACUACUGAUGACCUUCCAGACCUGGAGGAUGUAGAAAAUAGCUUGAUGUUCCAAACAACUCCACAGAGUAUGGUCCGUCCAAAGAUUGAGGUCAUCUCUGGUGAUGAUGACACAGAAGCAGUUGCAAGUUUGUAUCACUGGCCUCAGACAGAGGAAGUUACCCCUGACCAAUCUCAGCUGCUUUUUAGAGUCUCCACUAAGAGAACAUCUGUUAAGCAGCAGAAUGCUGUCUUCACCUGUCAGAGAAAUGCCAUGGAAACAGAAACAGGAGAUGUUUUCCAAAAGACAGCAAAAAACAAAAAGACUGUUCUGAUCGAGGAACUAGAUUGAAUCUUUAUAGUU